GUUUUGUGCAUCUACCCGAAAUUGAUCCACCCCUGGCCUGUAGCCGGCAUAGCCCUCUGGCUGGGUCUGGUGCAGGAUCUGCUCAUUCCCAUAGGGCUGGGCAUAGUCGACUCUAGAUUCUGCAAGUGGGUCACCAAUGUGUACAAGUGCGCUGGAAAGAACGUAGAAGAAAAGCUGCCACAAGUCGGCCUUGACGGGAAAUUUCGACCCUUCGGAUCCACCAGCCAACCUCAGAGUCUAGAGAUCUGCGGACCCGAUCGCAAUGUCAGGUCUUUUCAAGCCGUAGAACACCGCUUUCCCAUCACGAACGGUUCCCUGUACACCAGCAUAGAUGGCAGACUGCCCGUGAUUCACAACUACAGGAGAAACAAAGACCAAAGAGGAGGUGUGAAACAGCAAGAAAAACAGUCCUCUAACGUAGCCCUGCACUCGUCACACAUCAACCGUCAGGACAACCCUCCGAAAUACCCCUCCUGCAGCAACUGCGAGGCCGACCUCUGUCCCAGUCACUCCAACCUGCACCACCUGAGCCCCCAGUACAUCAACAAGCAGCUGAAUUUGCUCCAGCACAACAAGAACCUCAUAAUCACCAAGAACGUGCUGCCGGUGAGGGUCAGUCAGAGCCAGGAGUCCCUCACUUANUAA